AUGCCAUGGGACGAGUCCAGCUCAAACUCGGAUGACGGAGGCGCUGUUGCUUCUACAGCUGGGGCUCCUACAGCAUCUGGCUGGGGUGAUACAGGCGAUCGUUCCGGUGAGGUUCAGGUCGCUCCGCCAACCAUUGGUUCUGGUGCUCCCGACUUGCAGCGAGGCAGCAGGGGAGGCUGGGAUGAAUCCUCGGACGAGCCCGACGGGGGAGAGCUGCCAGAAUUUACUCCCCGUUCAGCCCCGAAAGCUGGGCAGUCCGGACGGGGCAGACCGGCAGGUAGCUAUGGAGAUGCACAAGUGAGGGCCUACUUGCGUAAUCGCAGACAGCAAGAGCAGGCAUCGAACGCAGAGCAACCUCCUCGCGGCAGCAUUGAGGCUGCCCGGCUCGCCUUGAGCCAGCAGCGGGAGCUAGGUGGCCAGAAAACGGAUGGUUCUGGCACCAUGUCUUUGCCUGACUUUGAUUCUCGCCAGCUAUGCAACCUGGCUGCUGCUGGCUUCUCCGUCCAGCGAUGUGUCCUUGGAACCUUCAGAGAAGUUCAACGUCAAGGAGUUGGAGAGCCGGACUCAUUGCUUGGUUUCUUCCUUCGCUGUCAAUCUUUGACGGUGAGUGCCAAGGCCAUGGGCGAUAUUUUCGGUUGUACACGGACCCACAUUUGUCGCCUGCUGCUGAGUACGGCUUGCUGUGUCCUUCAAGGAGCGGCUUGGUUGUGGGGCUUCGCAUUGUCUUUGCUGUCAAGACUGUGCCAGGGUGAAGAUCCCGAAUGGGAUCCGGUGCUGUUUUUGGUCAAGACCAUGUAUGACGAGACUCCUAGCCGGGUCCGUGCGGUGUCCACAGCUGUGCAAACGUGGAUGGCGCCGAAUGCCAAGAAGUACCCCUCGGAGUAUCUGUCAGAAGUCGACCUGCGUGAAUAUGAGAAGCUGGUGUCUACUGCAGAAACGGGCACCCACGCAAAGGUCCUGCAGACACGCUAUAUGGUGGGGAUGCUGCUUCGCCACCGGGAGACAGGGGCAUUCGGCUGGUUCCGUGGGGACGUACCCAGCAGCUUGCAGCUGCUGGACAGAACUACAGCAGAGAACAUCCGAGCAGCAGUUUACGAUACCAUUACUGUUUUGCCAGAGCUGAACCGCAUCAGUUCGCCAUUCCGGCUCCGAGUGCGCCACACCGUUACGGACCGCUACACUGCUAACCGAAAGGCGGAGAAGGGUUUAGGCGAGGCAGAUUUUACGCCAGGCUGGGUGCGCAAUCACGGCCCUUGUGACAUUCACAAAGCGGCGUCGGCAGUGAAGUGUGUGCUGAAGGCACUGGAGUGGGACGUCAGUGGUGUUCUGGCCACCGGCUUGGCUCUUUCGGAGAUCGGAGCAGCCCGGAAACUCCGACAAUGCCUGGCACAAUGUUUCGAAGAGAGUCUGAAUAUCGAUCCUCUCCCUUGCCCAAAUGCUGAUGAGGCAGCGUGGCAUCGUCAGUGUGUCUAUGACACAUUUCUAUCAAUCGACAAGGCGGCAACACCGCAGGCUCGGAAGCAGAAUCGAUUACGACGCUUCGUGCUGGAAACGUUUCUCAACUCGGACCUUGUUGGUCCGGCUCCUUUGACGCACCACUGUUCAGCAUAUGGAUGCUGCGCGUCGGAGCAGCACACUCGACAAUACUUCAACGAGUUUGUGUGCUGGGCACUGGUGCCCGUGAAGAUGCCGGUCUACAGCAGGAAGGAUUGGAGACAGUCCGCCGAAGCUGUGGACUGGGUUGGGAUACUGGCAGCAUAUGGGUUGCUGGAUAGAGUGUUGUACAAGUUUGCCGGCAAGCCACGGCCACCUCCAACAGCCCAGCACGAGUUUGCUUUGUCUGCACUGCAGGGCGAUGUGAAUAAGAACCAAAUGCCCGUCGGAAACGCAGCAGAGGAAGAGCAGGACGAAGAGAUGCACGAAGAGAAGGACGACAACAAGGAUGGUGGAACUGCAGAGCCCCGUGCAGCAAAGGAUGCAUUCCAGGAGUCCAAACGGCGCAAUCGGGUCAGCAUGUUGACUUGGUGCAUCAGCGACCCGUACCCACGCCUUGUCUUUUUGCGCGAGGCACUCCACAACCCAGCACAGGCACUCCUGGCGACGCCCUCUGGAAUCUUGCGUGGGCUCCGCAACCGCCUGUUGACUUCCUGUCUGUGCACCUUGCACUCGUACCUGAGGACAGCGCAUGCUCUGCCGCCGUACAGCCUUUUCUUGGCCCUGGAUGGAGAGGCAGAGAAGGUCCAGCGCACUCCAGAGUGCCUCAGGGACCCGCUCACGUCUGCCAUUCUGCGUGAGUUUCCGAAUGAGGCGCUUUUGAAGCCCGACAGCUUGGCUAUCUUAGAAUGUCUGGCGAGCGAGUACGAGCUGGACAUCGCCUCUGUCGAGGCUGCGCAUGCGACGAACCGGGAGUUCACCAUGCUCAGAUCGCGAGGGUGGACCCCGUCGUUGGACUCUGUCUCAGCACGAUUUUGCCUGAGACAAUCCAACUGGUCCACGCGUGCCGCCGUGCCUUUGCUGGCCAGGCCUCGUCGGCAAGGCAAACCUCGUCGCCGUGGCAAGAUGGGGCAGCGUGUUGGUGGGGGACCUUGGCGAGCUUUUACCCACGACAAGGCGCGAGGCACCCGUAUGGAUCCCACGGCUCUGAGCCGUGAGUACAAGGCCUUGAGUGACGAGGAGUUUGCGAAGUACCGAGACGCUGGGAAGGCGGCAACGGCUGCGCAUCAGAUGGGUCUCCAGCCUUUUGCACGCGAGCCUGGCCAAGGUCUGCUACGCCUGCCAGCCAGCAUGGCAGCUGCAGCGGCCUUGGCGGAUGCGCCACAGCCUGGCACGAUGACAGCCACUGGCGCCAUCGUCGCCACGGACCAAGACGACCGCAUGCAGCUGGAGCCUUUUACAGGACCAUGA